UUCGAUAUUGAUCUUACUGGGUCUUUGCUUUUUCAUUGUCGAAAAAAUAGAUUUUCCACUACUGAGACUGUAAUUUUUCUUUAUGUUUCAGGAAAUAUUAUCCAAACCUUUCCUUUUGCUUUUUGAAUAGGACAAGAUAUUAUAUUUUGUGGUCUAUCUGUCUACUUUAUCGUGCUCUCUUAAUCGCCCAUCAUAAUUAACCCAUUCCAUUAUUUAUUCCAAAAUCUUUAACAUUUCAGGCAAUUGAAACGUUAAUUCUGCAAGGCUGAUAUCCAAAACUUUAGAAGGGAAAAAAAAAUCUAUCUUGGUGUUUGUUUUAAUAAAAAAGAAAGACUGAAUGCAUAAUUUGCCAAAAGUCACUUUACCUUCUCAAUUUUAUCUUAUCCAAUUUACUCCUUCAAUUUUCAAACUCUGGCAACCAGAGGUCAUGUCACAUAGAUUAAAUUAUUUCAUAAUUGAAUGUUGAAGGGUUAUUAGCACUUAUUCUGAUGUCACAAUUUAAAAGUUAAAGAUCUAAAUAGGUAAAAAGUAAAGUUGAGGAAGUAGGAGGACUUUUUGUAAAAAGGUGGAGGGGGCAUUUGGCCAAUAAGAAAUGAUAAUGAACAUUACUGCAUACUAUUGCAGCUUCUGUAGUAAUGGCAAUCCUACAGAAUCAUAUAAUAGUGUUUUGGUCGGUAACUUAGGGUGUUUAUGGGAUUGAAGGAAAUUUGUUUCAAUAUGUUAUUGAUCUUUCUGUUUUAUUCAGUUUGAAUCUUUUUUUGAUACAAGAUUAUUUGAUUUUGUUGCUUUGUAGGCGAUUUCUGGUUCUGCAUCUAGUGCUGACACAGAUGGUGCAGAUGUGAAGGAGGACAAGGAAAAGUCUGAUAUAUACAGUCAUAAUAUGACAGAAGCUAUGGGUGCUGUACAGUUUUGAUCUAUAGGCAUGAUCUAGGAAUGAACUACAACUUCAUUUGUCCAGAUUUGAUUGUAGGAUCAUGCAUACAGAUUCCUGAAGAUGUUGACAGUCUUCGAAAAAUAGGAGUGAAAACCAUAUUCUGCUUGCAACAGGAUCCAGACUUGGAAUAUUUCGGAGUAGAUAUCAAUGUCAUUCGUGAAUAUGCCAAGAAAUGUGGUGAUAUUCAACAUCUACGUGCGGAAAUAAGGGACUUUGAUGCAUUUGAUUUACGGAUACAGUUUCCGACGGUGGUCCGUAAAUUAUAUAGAGCCAUAAACCGAAAUGGAGGCGUGACAUAUAUACAUUGCACUGCUGGGCUAGGAAGAGCUCCUGCUGUUGCACUGGCAUACAUGUUUUGGGUUCAGGGCUACAAACUCAAUGAAGCUCAUGAUUUACUUCUGAGUAAGCGCCCGUGCUUCCCUAAGAUGGAUGCUAUAAAAAGUGCCACUGCUGAUAUACUUACAGGUCUUAGGAAGAGGCUUGUUACUCUGACAUGGAAAGAUGACAACUGCUCAACAGUGGAAAUUUCUGGACUUGAUAUUGGAUGGGGCCAGAGAAUAACUUUAAAUUUUAAUGAGGAAAAGGGUUUGUGGAUUCUGGAAAGGGAAUUGUUGGAAGGACGCUACGAGUACAAAUACAUUAUAGAUGGUGAAUGGACACUUAACCAAGAUGAGCCGAUUUCUGCUCCCAACAAAGAUGGGCACGUCAACAAUUAUAUUCAAGUUCUUGCUGACAAUACUGACAGCAUCAACGCAGAAAUUCGCAAGAGGUUGACUGGUGAUGAUCCAGAACUAACACCCGAUGAACGGUUGAAAAUACGACAAUUUCUGGAAACUUUUCCUGAUGAUGAUGGUGAGGAGUAAAUUGAAGACAAGGUACACAAAUCUGCAUAUAAAGAUUUAAUGAAAUGUUAUUUCCAUAAGUGCAUGUAUGAUGCACUAUUUAUUUUAAAAUUUUUUUCAAGUGUAAUAAAUAUCAAUUUCGUAAUUUAUAGGGCUUCAUUUGAUUUACAAAAUGGGAAUAAAAUAGCUUUAUUAAAUU